AUGAGCUUCACUGUGGAAGAGAGGGGCAUCCCCAACUCUCUCAGCUACCGCUUGUUCUUCAAAAAUUCUGAGGGGAAGUACAUAUCCCCAUUCCAUGAUAUACCAAUAUAUGCCAAUGAGGGACAGAACAUCUUUCACAUGGUGGUUGAGGUACCAAGAUGGACAAACGCAAAGAUGGAGAUAGCCACAAAGGACCUCUUGAACCCAAUAAAACAAGACGUGAAGAAGGGCAAGCUGCGCUACGUUGCUAAUGUUUUCCCACAUAAAGGCUACAUAUGGAACUAUGGAGCUAUUCCUCAGACGUGGGAAGAUCCAGCACACAAAGACAAAGACACAGCCUGCUGCGGGGACAAUGACCCCAUUGACGUCUGUGAAAUUGGUUCAAAGGUUUGUUCCCGUGGCGAGGUGAUCAAAGUGAAGGUGCUCGGGAUUCUGGCGAUGAUUGAUGAGGGUGAAACUGACUGGAAAGUGAUUGCAAUCAACAUUGAGGACCCUGAAGCAAAUGAGCUCAACAACAUCAGCGAUGUUCAGAGAUUGAAGCCUGGCUAUCUGCAGUCCACAGUAGACUGGUUCAGGAUGUACAAAGUGCCUGAUGGGAAGCCAGAGAACAAGUUUGCUUUCAAUGAGGAGUUCAAGGACAAGGAAUUUGCAAUUGAUGUCAUUAAGAGCACUCACAACUUCUGGAAAGCUCUGAUUUGCCAGCAGUCAGAUUGUGGCGAAUUAAAUUGCAAAAACACAUGCAUCUCAUCCAGUGACAGUCCCUUCUGCUGCUCGGUGGGAGACGCAAAAGCAGCUGUUGGUGAUGCAUGCAAUAGUGAAAAGAAGGAGCCCAUCCCAUCAACAGUCGAUAAAUGGUUUUACUUCGACAAGAAGUAA